AUGGACACCCAAAGGGCCGGUACUGUCGAUACUAUGAAGCACAUCAAGCUGAAAGUUCUUGCUACUAAAGCCAGAGUAACGAGGCUCAAUUCUCUUAUAGAUGAACUCAAUGCCCUGAUUGAGAAUAUCUCACAAACAAAGUUCCUGCAACAGGCUGUUGGUGACGACAAGAGACAUGUUGCGGUUAUCAGCGCAAAGGAGAAUGAAAGCAAGGAGACGGAGACGCUGGCGGCUAUCCGAAGAGCUAUCGAGCUGGGGAUAAAUGAGGUAGAUGCGGUUUCCACAUUACCAGAUCUUAUCGGCAGCUCAUCGUUGUCUGAACCUGACAAUGCACAUGGAAGACAGCCCUUUCGCAGAGAGGAUGAAGAGAGUCCAGGAUCACGUAGACGAAGCAACAAUGACGAAAACCCUAUGGCUGCGACACAACCCGUUGAGCAAGAUACUUGCGAGCAAAGUAGCGAAGAUCGUCACCUCGAGACUGAGCAGCAUGCGAAGGAAAAUGAAGUUCCCAGCGUUGAUUUUGAAAAGCCAGUACAUGAAGAAAGAAACCGCGUUAAUUCGCCACCAGUAAAGAGCGGGGACAUAAAAACGAUUUUGAACGUUGUUACAACGAAUAGCAGUUCUCCUUUGGAGCAGAAGCUUGAAAUUGCACGAAGUACUGCGCUCGGCGGUGUACAGGAGACCAGACCAGAUGUGCUCCCACGUCGACCAGAGGCUAAAUUGAAAGUUUCAGGUCUUACGGACGAAAAGUUAGAACGGUUCAUGAGCGGAGAUACCUCCCAUGUUCCUGCCAAGGAACCUAUGUUCAAUAAGGAAGUUUCUAGAGGGAAUUCCACUAGGGAAUCAAGUAACUCUUCACGGCAAACUCCUACGACUUCUCUACCUCAGAAGCUGUUGGGAGUGCGUGUUGCUGAGAAAUAUAAGAGCAUCUUUGAGGAUGAAGAUGACGACGACGAUUUGUUUGACGUUAAGCCGAAGAAAGUGGAGAUCAAGGAGCCUAAAAAACCACAGUCGAAGCUUGCAGAGUCUCAGUUUGCGAAGGUAUUGGGCGAGAAGCUAGCGCGAGGACCUGUUCAGGUAUUUUAUUUCCUCAGUGAUUGUGAGGUGUUUCAUGCUCCAUUUUCUCAGCUCGAUAAGGAGCUGCGAUUACACGAAACUAAACCUGCAACUGCUAUAGCCAGCACUUCAAUAGCACCAUAUACUGAUGUUAUCGUUCCUGAGCAAGAAGAUUCUCAAAAGCUUACAGAAAGCAAAGACAGUGACGAUGCGUUUAAUGAUGAACAAGCUCCCACUGCAUCUGCAAGUGAGGGCUACGUAGAAAGCCCUGUUGCUCCAUUGUAUGAGGACCAUAAGAAAGAGCCUGUAGAAGCGUCACCCGAUAUGAGAACGUUUGUAAAAGUUGGAUCUAUUGGAGUGGCAAGUCCUGUGUUAGAUGAGGAGGAACCCGCGAAGGCUAAGCAAGACCAACGCAAGAUCUCGCAAGAUACUGGGAAAUCUCAUGAAAAAUUUGGAAAAAAUUCUCACAGCGAAGCAAAGCAGCACAGUGCAGUCAAAUCAUUUUUCGAUGCAGAUUCUGAUGACGGUGAAGAAGAUGACACAGAUGACACUUUAAUAUUGAAAAAAGAGGAUCAGAGUCCGAAAUCCGCAAUGGCUUCUGAAGCAAAGGCUUCGUCGUCAGCCAGUAAACCUAUUAUUAUUACGGCUCAGUCUCUUUUCGAUGACGAUGAUGAAUCUGAUCUUUCCAUUUUUCGUAAGAAGUAG